UCAACAGUACACGUUUGAAACGAUGUUACCAUCACCACACUCAACAUUUCCAGGAUGGAUAUGAAACAAAUGUGAUUUGCAGUCUUCAAGGAGUUUGUGACGUAGUGACAGUGCACUUAAAGGUUUAUCGUCAUCUAUCGUCUAUUAUCGCGAAUUGGAUCAAGUGACGGUACAGGUGUGGAUAAUUCUUGAUGUCAUGGGGACGAAUAUGAGGUUGUGGUGGUUAGUUUGAAAAGUUAGACGAGUUGUAUUGUAAAAGCAUGGAGUAAAUGUUACCGAUAGACAACAGUUGAACUGCGCAGAGUUCGCCUCAGUCGAAGCUGGAGAAGGACGGGGCAGAGAGCGAAGGGAUCGUGUUGGAUUUAUUAUGCCCCAUUUGGUCAGUUAUUGCCAACAGAACCGGUCGGACCCAUGGUGAAGAGAAAGAAGACGUCGUCCACUUCCGAAGAGCAUGAAAAUGGCAUGACACCGGGCUCCAGGGAGGGGAUCGGUGUCGAUGGGAGGAGGAAUCCGUCCAGAAAAGCCGACGGUUGCGACGAGGAGGAGAGCGGAGAGCAGGCGAGCGAGGAGCGCAGUACAAAGGGAGACGACCGAGUGGAGAUUCUUAAUCCAGCAGCCUCAGAUCUCAGCCCCGGUUCGUCUCGACCCGGACCGGGUUCGACCCAACAACCCCAGACAUUAGCGGAGCCCAGCGCCCCUUGUCACGACCAGCACCAUUUUCUGCGAUCCAGCGUUCGACCUCCAAGCAAAAGGAUCCGGAAGGAUUCCAUCGGCUCGGCCAUCAACGGCCAUGGCGGGGCCAAAUCAAAAGGAGCAGAGAACGGUUCCUCCUCCCAGGGGGCAGUGGGACAGUCUGGACCCGUGGCCGGCUCUACGGGGGUCUCCAAGACUGCCAAGGGCCAAGGGGCUGUUGAGAAGGAGGAGCAAGCUGGUAACCAGAAGAGGGCCCGUCGACAGUGGGAGUCUUGGAGCGCAGAAGACAAAAACAGCUUUUUUGAGGGGCUCUAUGAGCAUGGCAAGGAUUUUGAGGCUAUCCAGAACAACAUUGCAAUGAAGUACAAGAAAAGAGGAAAGCCGGCUAACAUGGUGAAGAACAAGGAACAAGUCCGCCAUUUCUAUUACCGCACCUGGCACAAGAUCUCCAAGCACAUCGACUUUGCCAAUGUGUACACCCGAGUGCUGAAAAAAUCCUCUCAGGAGCUGUAUGGCCUCAUCUGCUAUGCUGAGCUCCGCAAAAAAGUUGGAGGGCUCAUGGAUGACAAGAAUGUGACAAAGCUGAACGAACUCAUUCAGCAAGGGGCCACCACCGUUCGCUCCAAAGGGAGGAACCUGCGAAUUAAAGCACCCAUGUGCCGUGCGCUGAAGAAACUUUGUGACCCAGAUGGAGUAAGUGACGAGGAGGACCAGAAGCCGGUUCGUUUACCACUGAAGGUGGCAGUGGAGCUUCAGCCACGCAGCAACUAUUCCUGGGCCCGCGUUCAGAGUCUAGCGCACAACCCUCGCCUCAGGAUGGUGGUGGAACUUCACAGGAAAGUUUCGAGCCUCAUUGAGUACCUGAAACAGAAGUGGGCCUAUAAUGACCAGAGAAUUAUGAAGAGUCUGAUAGAAAGGGAGGCUUUGGAGGAGGCUCAGUCCACUUCUCUGAGCAAAUCGUCUCCAGAGGAGCUCUUUCUUUUCCCGGCUGAGAGCAGCACCCUGACCACACUCCCUGGGGUUGCUCGUGUGGUUCACUCCAAGGCCUCUUGCACGGUACACUGGCAAGAAAGCGGCAAGAAUCGGCCCAACGCCAAGGAGCUACCCGCCGCUCAGAUCCUGGGCAUUCACACAGCUCCACCACCACGGACCAGCACCAAAUCUGCACGAGGAAACAUGGCUUCAACAGCCUCAGUGACCCCGCAGAGUGACUCCCGUCAAACUGAGCCCCCCAUCGUUGAGACUUCACCCGAUUGUUCUGCAAAAGCAGAGGAGAAGAAGCCUUCGUCUCUUUCACCUCCUCAGCAGGCAACAAUUCACAAAGAGGAGGCAACUGAGGCUGGGCCUGGAGAGGGGAACAAGACCUGCACUGCUGGUGUGGAGGCCAGUGGUGGCCCUGCAGGGACCAAAACGACUGAUAAUUUGUGUAGCGUUCCAGAGAGCUCAGUGGAGCAAUGCAGGGAGGAGCAGACCAUCACCUCCUCCUCCCCAGACACCAGCCAGACCCCUCCAGCCAAGGUUUCCACGAGCGGCCCAGAGGAUGGAGCGCCACAGGGCUCGACUCAGGCAGCCAAAGAGCGAACAGUUGAGCAGAUCAGAGAGGAUGGCUGGAACGUCCGUGACGCAGAGAACGUCACGCUGGCAGAGCUAUACCUGAUGUUCGGGAAGCCCGGCAAGCUGCAGCUGGAGUACGAGUGGCAGUCCAUCGCACAACCCCACGAAAACGGGCAAGCACCCUCACAGCCGAAACGACACGGGAAACAACGUGUUUUACGCUGUCUGUUAAGACUGGUCACCACCGAGAUCAACCCCAAACCUUUGGCUCCAGAGCUUUGCUCCACAGCCACGUCUCCGCUCAAAACUCCUCAGGAGGAGCAAAACCAGGCCCUCACACCUCCGGGAAAAGGUCCCAUUGCGGGCGUCCGCAGCCCCAACUGUGGCCGGCAGCAGGCGUCUGUCCGAGGGGGCAGGUUGCACCAGCCAAAUGUUGGUGCCUCAGGUGCACGCAACCUUCCUCGCUCUCUGCUGGGAUCGUCAGCAGCAGUAAGUGACUCUGAAGGCAACGUGUUUGCAGUACCCACCACACUCCCUCCUAAUAGUUCCCGCCACAGCCGAAUGUUCUCCCCCAACAAGGAGGCUGAGCUGGCCUUGAGGCAGCAGCUCGACUCCAUCAGUAUGCAGUCAGAUCUUUUUAUUUCAAGACCAAGAAAACCUCGAAACAGACAACUCCGGAAGCCACUUGUUGUCCAGCGAACUCUUCUACCACGAACUACAGGAGACACUCCUCAGCAUGUCUGUUCCUUCUCCAUCCUCUCCAACUCCUCUGCCACAGGAACUGGGUCUUUCCGGCCAAUUCAGACGCGGCUGACUCCUACCUCCCGCCCUCUGCCAUCUAAAGCUUCUUCCCCAGCAGCCUCCUGCUCUGCAGUGACCAACCAGCUUUCCAGUGCUAUCGACCUUGCAGCUAAGACGGCUGGCAUCAUCCCUGGAAGUCCCUGUCAGGAGCCAGAACCUCCUGGACCCAUGCUCCCCUCUGCACCUAUCGUAGACGCUGAACCCGACCCCCAGCUCCUGCAGCACAACUUGUCAGAGAAUGGUCUGCCUCCGCCAUCUCCCGGUGGAGACUCUCUCCUCUCUCCGCCCAGUGUCGCAUCACUCCUGGACAUCUCUCUCCCCGGGCCCCCUGAGGAGACUCUGACCCCUGGAGAGAACCAAACACACAUCAGCGACUCCAUCAUCGAGCUCGCCAUCAAUUCUGCUCAUUACGGGGAGGAUACGGCACUCUCUCCAGCCAAACUGACCAACAGCGACGGCUCCAAACUGUUGGCGUCGUCCCCCUCAGUCAGCCCGUCCCGGGGCUGGAUCCCUUCGCCCAGCCACGACCCCCAGUGGUACCCCAGUGACUCCUCUGACUCCACGCUGGGAUGCCUUCUCUCCAGCAUGGUGUCUCCUGAUAAGGGCAGGCGGAGCACCCUCACCCCAUCCGGCCCCUCCAGUGGCACAGCUUUGCUCGGUCCCAGCCUCCUGGACUGCAACUCCCAUGAUUCCUUUCAGUCCCGCGGGCUUCCUGAUGUGGCAGAGAUGGACUCUCAGCUUGCCUGCAUGAUGAGCGAGAGCAGCGUGGACUACAUCGCUCGCUUCAAUGACCUGGCUCAGGAGCUGGCCGUGGCCGAGCCCUCCAUUCCGCCACCCUGAGGAGACGGAGCAGCUCUACUGACCUAAAGCCAUCUGGUAGAAAGAAGUUAGCGGAGGCUCCGUGCUACCUAAGAGGAAAGAGGACUGGUGGAAACAGACCAGUACCGAAAGCCAUCUCUGCCCUUUUUGUUUAAGUGCAAUAAUUAUGUUGGAUUAAGCCGCAUUGUUCAAAGACAAAAACAUCUUGCUGAGGUGAAAUGCCCUUUAAAAAGUUUAAACACGCAACCUCAUGUACAGGAAAAUGCUUUUGCCAUAUCUGAACAGUCUUUUCCUGCUUUUUAUGUGUGUGUGUCUUAAUCAUUCAUCCCCGGAAAAUGUGCAAAUCCACCAAAAUGUGCAGUUCAGAACCCAUAUGGUGACAAAAGGUGGCACCACAUUGAUGAAAAGAUGCUUCUCACUAAAAUCUCUUCAGUUUAUCAGACGUCACCUUGCAUUUCACACCUGCUUCAUCUCCAUCAGUUCUGCUUUUAUCAGUUUGUACGGACAUGUGCUGCCUGCAUUCAGUUUUUUUUUUUAAUUGCAAAAUGCAGCUUUGGAUGGCAGAGACCCUUAUAAAGAUUUCAGUGACUACACUUCAAUUUGGUGCUGAUAUCACAAAUUCAGUACAUUCAGUGUGAAUCUGAAAAUAUUCCAGGAUGCACAGACUGGUUAGCUUCAUGCUUUCAUUUACGCAAGGACGUGAAGUCUUAGGUGCUUCCAGAUAUUGUCUUUGUAACUGAACACUUGAUUUAAACACCACUAAAGUCAGUGCAAUUUAGCCUUCAUCUCCACAUUAACUUUCAAACGUUUGUGUUCAAUCAAUGUCGACUGAUAAUGGAAGUUAACGCUUGUGCCAAAGUCACUACAAAUAGCAUAGUACAGUUAUAUAGUGAUGUCAAUGCUUUGUCCUUCACUGCAAAUUCAAAGUCCACGGUCACAUCAAGACGUCCAUCUAACAGCAACAUCCAGUGUGAUUUUUUUUUUGUACAUUUUUGACAGGAUUUUAAAUAUUGCAAGGGAACAUGGGAAAUUGGGGUUCUGAAAACGUUCCAUGUUAUAUUUUUAAAAUGUAACUGAAGGUCUUCAAAAAGGAUGUUUAAUCUUUGUUUUUUUGGGGGGUGGGGGGGGGGGGGGG